GUGGACUUCGGGGGUUUGGGCCAGCUCCGGCAGAUCCGCGGGACCUCCAGCGACGGGGUGGAGACCAUCUCCUUCCCGGGGCUGCUGAACCGCACGCGGAGCCCGGGCUUCAUCGCGCUGGUCUCGCUGGACGUGGAGGGCUUCGAGCUGCAGGCGCUGCGCCGCUUCCCCUGGGAGUCCUUCGAGGUGGGCGCCUGGAUCAUCGAGACCUGGGGCGCCCCGCAGAGCAACCACUCGGAUUUCCGCGCCAAGGGGUUGGAGCUGAUCGCGCUGCUGGAGGCCCACGGCUACAGGCGCCGGCCCGUGCAGAACAACGGAGUGGAUGAGUACUUCAUCCGAGACAGGUGGUGGCACCCAAGUCUGGCGGAGCACAAGCUGCGGCAGCAUCCCAAAGGGUCCCAUGGCUGUUGAGGCGGCAGAACCUCCGGGGGGCUGACAUCGCGGCCAGGCAGAAUCCAAGUCCAACCUUGGGCUCAGACACCCGGCCGGGCCUUCUGAUUGGAGCUCAAAGAGAUCUUCAUGUGCUGGAAAUGGGAAGACUCCCAGAAGAGCUUUCGCGAUCAGGAGAGCCAGCAUGGAACUCUUAGCGUCCUCUAGCGUGGAAUGCCUUGCUUCGAGGAGGACAUUUUGAUGCAUCGCAAAACCACAGCCGGGACAUGUCGACGGCAUGGGAUUGAGAACCUGACCUGCCCCGGAUGAGUAGGAGUCUUGCAAAGUAUGUCUACGCAUCGCAAGAUUGCCUCGCACGUAGCCUUACGGCAAAGUCAACCGGCAGGGCGGCAGUGUCGACAGCCGAUGAAUCUUCUGCUAGGAGCUCUGAAGCCGGGUUGGC